AUGCCGUUCUUGCACGUGACGCUGUUCAGUGCGGAGGACCUCCCGGCGAGCGAUUCCAUCCUCAUCGGUGGCAAGAGUGACCCCUACGUAGUCUUCAAAGUCAGCAACAUGGAGCGCAAAAGUCUGUGCCACAAGAGCAAUCUCAACCCGCAAUGGAACCCGCCAGAGCGCUACAUUUUCCCCGUGGAGAGCCCCAUGACCGCUGUCCUAACCAUUAAGAUCUUCGAUAUGGACUUCUUAAGGAGCGACGACCUUCUGGGCACAAUCGUCUUGCCAGUGGCCAUGUUUGAGGACCGCAUGGGUGUUCGAACACUGGAGAAUUACCCGAUAUCGGUGUCGAACGCAUAUUCCAAGCAGAAUCGGCAGUCAACGCUGAAGUUGGAGAUCUGUCUGAAGGCUACGAGCGAUGACGAGGUCGAACAGCAUCUUCACGUGUGGGAAAACCAGUCCAAGUCCUUCCGCUCCGGUUGGAAGCCUUCCACAGCUACGGCUCGGCUGCAGUGGUCGUCGUUCGACAACUCAAUCACCUCGAAUCAAUUUAAGGACGUCGUCCCAGCAGCUCCGGCUGGGAUGACGGGGUCAGGCUGGCAAUUCUCCAUCACGAGAGGAGACGACGAAGGAUGGCUGUACGCGAUGAGCUUUUCGGGGUCAUGGAGCUCUAGCUGUUCUACUCUCAGUCGUGUUCGACGAAGACUAUGGGAUAACGUCUACCGCCUGAAAAACUCUCAAGAAUCACGCGUCUCGGACUGCUAA